GUGACAGAGGCCUCGGUGUACUCAGGAGUUUGUACAGAGAUCUUCAAAAGAGAGAGUGUGAUCUUCCAGAAACCAGUCUACUGCUUUGUUCAUCUGAGCAUUCAGGAGUUUCUGGCUGCUGUCUACAUGUUCCACUGUCACACCAACAGGAAGAGAAAGGUGCUGAAGAUGUUUCUAAAAUCAAAAUCUUUAAUCAAGAUGAUUUCCAGUGUUUUUGAUAACAAAGAUCUCCAAUCACUUGAUGUAUUUCUGAGGAGAGCCAUGAAGAAAUCCCUCCAGAGUAAAAAUGGCCACCUGGACCUGUUUGUUCGCUUCCUUCAUGGCCUCUGUCUGGAGUCCAACCAGAGACUCUUAGUAGGUCUGCUGGGUCAGACAGAGAUCAGUCCAGGAACCAUCCAGAGAGUCAUUAAGAACCUGAAGAAGAUGAACAGAUAUGAAAUCUCUCCUGACAGAAGCAUCAACAUCUUCCACUGUCUGAUGGAGAUGAACGACCUCUCAUUAUUUCAGGAGAUCCAAGAGUUCCUGAAGUCAGAGAACAGAUCACAGAAGAAACUCUCUGCGAUCCAGUGCUCAGCUCUGGCCUUCAUGCUGCAGAUGUCAGAGGAGGUUCUGGAUGAGUUGGACCUGCUGAAGUACAAAACAUCAGUGCAGGGACGACUGAGGCUGAUUCCAGCUGUGAGGAACUGCAGAAAGGCUCGACUGACUCACUGUCAACUCUCAGAGUCUCACUGUGAAGUUGUGGCCUCAGCUCUGAAGUCCAACCUCUCCCAUCUGACAGAGCUGGACAUGAGUUGGAACAACCUGCAGGAUUCAGAGAUGAAGCUUCUGUGUGCUGGACUGGAGAGUCCAAACUGUCGACUGGAGACUCUGAGACUUUCUUUGAUACUGUGUCCAAAAGGAGCAGCUUUUACUUUGAAGGGGAGCCGUCUCUGUUUCCUCUUCAGUUUGCAUGAUGGAAGCAAAUGA